AUGUUUGUCCUUCCUCCACCGCCGCCGCGCUACUCGGUCCCUAUUGCCUAUGCUGCGGGAGCCUCAAAUGGCAUGGCAGUGCCUGUUGUUGAGACUACCAACAUCAUCAGUCAUCCAGAGGGGGGUUGUCCAUUACAGGUCGGAGAAGGAACGUAUAAUCUUGAAGACGAUUUACUUCUAGCCACCCCUCCUCCACACCCAUCCGAAGCCCCUAUUGUGAACCCAAACCCUCUCGCGACCGGCCCAACCCCCCCAACUUCUGGUGUGAAACUGUCGCUUGUCAGUGUCAAUAACAGAAACAAGGCUCCUACUUCCGCCGCAUCACGACACGGCGCAGCGAUACCUGUAUUUGGAGAAUGGAACCCGGCCGUAGCGGGACUGCCAGCGAAGGAUGGCUUGAAGAGGCGAAAGCCGAAAAACAACAUCAUCAAGAGCAGCUCAUCAUUCGUUUCGCGCGUUAUUACCCAUGAUUCAUGUGCAAAGCGACUUAGCGAACGGAAUGCCGAUGGUCUCUUUUGCUUUGGCAACAUUAACCGCGCAUUUCAGUGGCUGGAUCUUAGCUCGAAGCAAAAGGAGGAGCCACUUGCAAAGAUUCUCUUUACUAAGGCUCACAUUUUGUGUCACGAUGUCAAUGAGUUGACCAAAUCGCCGUCGCACAUCGAUGUGAUAAUGGGCUCAUCCGCUGGCGAUAUAAUAUGGUACGAGCCGAUUACACAAAAGUACGCUAGGAUCAACAAGAAUGGUAACGUCUGCAACUCGCCAGUGUCCCAUAUCAAAUGGAUUCCUGGGUCAGAGAACUUAUUCAUGGCGGCUCAUGCAAACGGCCAGCUUGUUGUCUAUGAUAAGGAGAAGGAGGAUGCUCCAUUUCAGCCAGAAACACACUAUUAUUGGGAUGAGAAGACUCCUCAUCCACGACCCUUGCAGGUACUGAAGUCAGUAAACUCAAGAAGCCAGAAAACAAACCCUGUUUCUGUCUGGAAAUUGGCGAACCAGAAGAUCUCGCAGUUUGCUUUCUCGCCGGACCAGAGACAUCUAGCCGUUGUACUGGAAGAUGGUACUCUACGAGUUUUAGAUUACCUUAAGGAAGAAUUACUGGACGUCUUCCGGAGCUACUAUGGCGGGUUGAUAUGCGUAUGCUGGUCUCCGGACGGGAAAUACAUUGUCACCGGUGGUCAGGAUGAUCUCGUAACGAUAUGGUCUCUACCGGAACGUCGGAUCGUUGCACGGUGCCAAGGCCACAAUUCAUGGGUUUCCGCAGUGGCUUUUGACCCGUGGCGCUGCGAUGAGAAGACAUAUCGAUUUGGCAGUGUUGGUGAUGACUGCAGGCUGCUUCUAUGGGAUUUUAGCGUUGGCAUGCUACAUCGACCGAAAGCCCACCAUCAACAUCAUGCAAAUCGACAUCGAGAGGAUAGCCUUGGCAACCGAAUAAUGCCCGAUUCAGAUUGCACUCGCAAGUUGGAUCAUAAUUCUGACCAGACUGCACGGCAUCCAAUUGAACCUAGAUCACGCACAGCGUUGCUACCACCCAUCAUGUCCGAGGUUGUCGGCGAAGAUCCGAUCUGCUGGGUAGGAUUCCAGGAAGACUGCGUCCUAACUUCUUCACUCGAGGGCCAUAUCCGCACCUGGAACCGUCCCCGAGAAGGCGUUAGCGACAAACACGAUAUUUACUCAUCGUCGGGCAAUACUGACUCCGGACUAGGGUCAGUGUUAUGA